AUUCAUAGGGGUUAUUUAAACACAGUUCGUUGUUGUUGCUAUGGACGAUAAAAGACAAACAGGAAGUAAAUUUAACCAAGUUUGAAACAACAAACAGAGAGACUUUCAUGCAAUAUGAAAACUAAAUACUACAGCUUAAAAAAUUGAAUAUGUCGAACACAUCAAAAUUAAAGAAAGACAAAAAAGUACCUGCCCAAAGAGUUGCAACAACUCGGACAAAGUCAGCAAAAAAAAUUCAAGCAAAUCAGGACACAAGAAAUGAAAAUCCUGGAGAUGAUAAUUCUUUUUUAUUUAUUGGAAAAUCACCUGAGAUAUUAGAAGAUCAGUGGUUAUCCAAAAUUAGUGAUCUCGUAAAAAAGAAGAAAACGAUAUCAGAAGAUAGAAAGUUUUCACCUUCUUUACAAAUGAUAUAUGAUGCCCUAUUAAAGGAAUUAUGUACUCGAUGCGGGGAUAAGUUUGAACCAAUCUUUGGAAAUGACAAGGAUAUACAGCUUGACACUAUAGAAAGCGAAAAUAGAAGUGAAGUUAACACUAUCGAACUUGAAAAAAAGUUAUCUGAAAUGAAGUCUAUAAAUGAAACGCUAAUGAAAAAAAAACAAGAACUAGAACGACAAUUAACAGAUGUCAAAGACGAAAAAAGGAAGCUUGAUGACAACAACAAAAAGUGUCAGUCUGAAGUACAGAAUAAGACAACAGAACUAAAUGAAAUAAAAGAAAAGUUGAAAAAAUUAGAAAAAAAAAUAAAGGAGGGAAAAGAAAAUCCAGUGGGGAAAGCCAAAGAUCAAGAUGAGACGAAGGUUGAUAAUAACUUACAAAACAAGAUAACACAAUUAGAAGAAAAAUUAGAAAAUAUGACAAAAAGUUACCAAAAAGAAAAGUCUGAUCUGAAUGACAAAUUGCAAGAGGAAAUUUCAAAAAUAAGACAACAAAUGGAUGAAAAAAAUAAGUCACAUGACGAAGAAAUCAGUAAACGGAAAUCAGUUGAAAAAGAAAAUUUGGAACUGACAAAGAAACACACCAGUUUAGAGCAAGAAGUACAAGUAUUACAAUCGAACAAAUCAACUCAAAGCAGAACACAAGACACGAACAAAGAACAAAUAACAAGGUUAACUAACGAAAAUGAAAGGUUAAAGCUUUCCGAGAAUCAGUCAAAAGAACAUUUAGAGAAGAAAGAAAAAGAAAUAAAGAAAUUGGAAGAAGCUCAUAAUGUGACUAAAGCAGAGAAAGCAUCUUUACAAUCUCUUUUAAAUGACAUAAAUAGCCAAGUUAGACAAGAGGUAGAUCAACACACUAAAAAAACUGAUUCAUUAUCUCAGAAUUUAAUGUCAAAAGAACACGAGAUUUUGGAUUUGAAAAGAAGUAAAAUUGAAUUAGAAAGAAGUCUGUCAUCUUUAAAUAAACAGAUAGAUGAACAGUGUAUAACAAUUAAAAGGAAGAAAACCAGUACAAAACCUCCUGACCAAAAACUCAAAGAUCUACAGGAGGAAAAUGAAAAACUAAGAGACAGGUUAAGUCAGGUGGCGGGUAGUAAAUUAACUGACGGUAAUCCAGCAAUAGCAGAUUUGGGUGAUCCUAACAGACCUACACAACUUGGAGAAAAGUUCUCAGAAUUGUAUGACAAUGAAUGGACAGAUGCUAUGGAAGAACUUGGUAAUGCUGGGGACGAGAAAUCUAAUAUCACCACUUUAAGAAAUAUUGUUGAGAAAUCUUAUGACUUCGGGAAAAGUAAAUCAGAAAAGUAUGCUAAAGGACUAGAAAGUGCAUUAUUAGAGAUCAGUAAUAGUAUUGAGGUUACCCCUACCAUUUCGAAAUACAUUAAGGAUCACAGAAAAAACACAGCCUUGCUGGUAGUGGAUUCGUUAUUUAAGUCUUUUUUAAGUUCUCAUACCGAGUUUAAUGUUGGUGGUAAAGAUGUGAAGACUUUCAUUAAGAAGACAUUGUCACUGUGCUGGUUGAUGACUAUACAAGAUCCGCCAGUAAUACUUAAUACAGAAUUAUCCGGGAAGUUUAAUACUGAUCUAUUCCGACAUUAUACAAAAUCAGGUUCAAAUGUUGACUAUGUAGUUUGGCCAGUAGUUUUCCUACACGAAGGUGGACCUAUUAUCUGUAAAGGAGUAGCUCAAGGAAAAUAAAUGCAUGUCUUCCAGGAUACAACGAUGUAGCAUUCACUUAACAUAUAUCUCAUUUCCUCAGUGAAUACAUUUCAGAAAUAUAAACAUAACAAAUGAUAGUCUUUUUUAUAAUUAAUUUGAACAGGUUACUCUGUUUCCAUAAUCCAUGUUAAGAGGAAAAAUACACCGUCUGUGGAGGUAAUGAUAUAUGAUAUAGAUCUAAUUGCGGCAGCACAUGAUUGUGAAAUUAGACGAUUGUUCUGCAUCUGAUUUCUAUUGAAGUAAAUAUGUAAAAUAAAAAUAAAGUUGCACUUGAACAUGAACAAAACUCAUGAAAGAACUUGUAAGACAUGGAUGUACAAAAUACUUGUAUACCAUAUGUUGCAUUUUAUCCUCAGUUGUAUGUGCUGUGUUUUUCGUAGUCAUUUAUAUAUUUUUUUUAUUAAACACAAAUAUCAAAGUA